AUGAUCUCCGCCCGCCUCACCGCCUUCAUCUUUGGCGCCCUGCCCCUCCUUGCAGUUGCCACCCCCCUCGACACUCGCGCCGCCGGCAAGUGCUCGACCGGCCCUCUCCAGUGCUGCGAAAGCACCCAGAAGGCAACGGACCCGGCGACCUCGGUUCUCCUCGCGCUCAUUGGGGUCAACGCCCAGAGCGUCGACGCGCUCGUCGGGCUCGACUGCUCGCCCAUCAGCGUCGUGGGCGUCGCCACCGGCAACUCGUGCAACGCCCAGACGGUGUGCUGCAAGAACAACAACCUCGGCGGGCUCGUCUCCCUGGGCUGCGUCCCCGUCUCGCUCUCUAACUGA